AUCUCUCUCUCUCUCUCUCUCUCUGAUUCUUAGUUCUGAAAUCUUGAUCUUUUUUGUGAAAUUUUCACAUAUGAGCUUUGCUGUGGUUCUUCAAGAAUCAAGAAGUUUGUGUGAUGAUAGUUUUUUGCUAAAUGUGGUUAAUAUUUGGGUUGCUGUUGUUAUUUUGUACUUUGUUUCUGUUAGUGUUAAUGGUAUAUACAUUAUACAUAAAGGGGAUGUUUGGCAAUUCUCUAAAAUAACAACAAAAAAAAAAGUCAAUCUAUACCGUCUAUUUUUUUCAUGUCUUUUUGUAAAAUAUCAAAAAAAAAAUCUAAAAAACUCAAUUCCAAAACAAACCCCAACCAGAUGCUCUCUAUAUUUUACAUUUGGGGUACUCGUGUUUCUAUAGGCAUACAGUUUAUAGAUUUCCUAGCUCUUUCUAUUGCCUGUAAAUUCUUGGGUACUAAUGAAUUUGUGACUUAUCAUGAACUCCACAGGCAUUAACUGUAUUUUGAUUUUUGAGUUUGCAACGAAUUAUAAAUUGGUGGGGACUUCAGUUUGUUCGUUAGAAAUAUAAUUACUUUCAUUUUUUUGAUAAAUAAUUUUCGUAUUAUUUUCUUAUACCUUUCUUGGCAUCAAAGAUUUUCUUAUAUUUUCUUUUGAAUGAGAAUAAUGAAAUACAUACACCUCUCUACUGUCUAAGACAAUCAUGAUAUAUUUGUGAGUCAUGAAAAUUUUAUACACACAUUUUUUUCCCCCUUUAUUGGUUCAACUCUUGGCUGUCGUCGUUUGUUCUUGAAAUCUCCAGAUUACUUUUGGGCUUUAUUUGGUUACAACUUACAAGUCUAGAAGAUGACCUCUUGCCUCUAUCAGCAUAGAACUGCAUGAGGGGUGUGUGACAUAAUUAUCGAAGGACCAUGGCAUUAGUUGCACAAGUUGAAAGUAUGUCAUCAUUGAGCAGUGAUCUCUUCUACGACAUACUGAGGCGUCUUGAUGGUGCAACUUUGGCUAGUGCAGCAUGUACUUGUGCAGCACUCCGUUCUAUCUCGAAAGAAGAAAGAUUAUGGGAAAAUGUGUGUUCUUCUAUGUGGCCUUCAACCAACAGGGAAGAUGUCAAAAGUCUAAUAUCAUCAAUUGGCGGGUUUGAAAAGUUCUAUGCAGAUUGCUUCCCCCUUAUUGUAAACAAGGAAGUUCCUGAGUUUAGAUGGAAUGACUAUCUUGAAUACCCCGAAGAAUGGACUGAGGCUGAAUACUAUGGUGACAUGGAUGAGUUUGAAAGCAUUUCACCCUCAGAUUUUGUUUCUAUAGUCGAUAUCAGAUACAAAGACAGAACAAUUUGCUCAAAAGUCCUCUGGGGCAUCCCAAAUGCAAAUGGAUUCAAUGGUUGGUUUUCCAACUGUCCUUUUCGGAUUGAUCUUCUUACCUAUGCUAGAGAUGAUGACCAUGACGGUGAAGUUACCCUUUCAGUUUCCGAUGGUCUGCCACAAAUUGCAUCCAUGGAAAGAGAGAGGAAAGAUGGGAAGCUCUGGCAAGAUCUCCGAAAUGGACUCAGGCUUAGUUGGAUUGUAGUGAAUAGAAAAAUAAAUCAGGCUGCCAAUCUUUCAAGCUGGAGCCCUCUUGGUGGACAAAGACAUUGGCCAACAGACAAGGAUUUCUUGAUUCGCUUUGGGUCGAUUCUUCCUGCAAAAGACAUUCUUCCAUGUCAGGUUGUAGAAUGCAUCCUUCUUAUGAAGUUCAGGGUGGUCCAUACAGAAGGUGAGGACGUUCAGACGAGUCUCAGAUUGACAGAGCUAAGCAUGCAGUUGGGAGACAUGGAAGGUGCUCAUGUUAAUGGAAGAAACAGCUUGCUUGUCCUCAAAGAAGCGCUGAGCUGCCGGAGGAGCAAGAAUUACAGCGAAGCCCUUGAAUCGUGCCAUCUGUACUCGAAAGUGCAGAGCGAGUUGAAGGAAGAGAAGAUGAGGAAUGAAAGCAGGUUAGACCGACUUUGCAUUCUAAGUGGCAUUGCUGCAUUUGUCAGUUUUUGUUACUACUUUUUGUGAAGUUAGAUUAAUUCUGAAUGGUAUUUGCUUUCUUGUCUGAUAAACUUUCCAUGGCUGUAGUCUUUUUUGAUGUAAAAUUCAAUUUUGGUUAGAGCUAAUAUUAUUAAAAUUUUGUUUCUAAAUUUA